AAUAAAAAAUCCUCCUCUUUAGAAAAAGAAAAGGAAAAAAAGCGGCUGAGCAGCCCACCACCUGCAACCGAAGAGACCGUAACCGCAACCGAGACUUGAAGUUUUCUCGUGGGAACUGCUUAAGGCUUUCAUUCACGGCCGGCCCGAACAACGGACGUGGUCGUCGAAGUAGCGGGCCUUUGGUGGCUCCGGUGAUCCCUGGCGGUGGAGAAGCUUCUUGCGGUGCUUUGAGGAGGAGAUGGCGGAGAAACAACUUAUCGUGGUGGUCGAGGGCACCGCUGCUCUCGGGCCAUACUGGCAAAUCGUGGUAUCGGACUACCUGGAGAAGAUUGUCAGGUACUUUUGUGGAAAUGAACUGAAUGGACAGAAACUUUCUGGGGCAAACCCUGAACUUGCAUUGGUGGUCUUUAAUUCCCAUGGACCCUACAGUGCUUUCUUGGUGCAAAGAACUGGGUGGACAAAAGAUUUAGAUGUUUUUCUUGGGUGGUUAUCAAGAGUACAAUUUUCUGGUGGCGGUUUUGGUGAUGCUGCUAUAGCUGAAGGCCUUUCUGAUGCAUUGACGAUGUUCACAGUUUCAACAAAUGGCAGCCAGAGCCUUCAAAAUCUUGAUUUUCAGAAACAUUGCAUCCUUGUUGCUGCAAGCAAUCCUUAUCCACUAUCCAGUCCAGUCUAUUUUCCUCCUAACCCAACCACAGAGCAGAGUGAUAAUCCUGAUGCACAGACUGGGACAUGUCUUGGUGAUGCAGAGGGUGUUGCAAAGUCAUUUGGUCAGUGCUUUAUAUCAUUGUCGGUGCUUUGUCCUCGGCAACUUCCAAAACUCAAAGCAAUAUAUAUUGCGGGAAAGCGCAAUCCUCGAGCUGCAGAUCCAACUGUUGAUAAUGCUAGCAACCCUCAUUUUACUGUUUUACUCUCUGAGAACUUUAUGGAGGCCCGAGCUGCUCUAAGCCGUCCGGUGAUUGGAAGUUUGGCAACUGCCCAAAGUGUUGUGAAAAUGGAUGCUGCUCCUACAGGUGCUGCUCCAUGGACUUCUUCAACUUCUCUUCAAUCAGUUAAUGGGUCUAUGAUCAAUCGACAACAACCUUCCGGGAAUAUUCCUCCUGCAGCAGUGAAAGUGGAACCAACUACAGUGCCAACUAUGGUUUCUGGAUCUGGCUAUCCACAUCUACCACCCAUAUCCAGUGUUUCUUCCCAAGUAGCACCUAGCUUGCAAACAUCUUCUCCAUCUCCUACUUCACAAGAGAUGAACAUAACCAGUGAAGCCAUGCCAGAACAUAAACCAUUGGUGAAUCUUUCGUCGCAGACACUGCGCCCUGUUAGCCCUGCCAAUGUGAGCAUCUUGAACAAUCUUUCGCAGCAUCGGGAAGUAAUGAACUCUGCUUCUAUCACUGGAGCAAACCCUAUCGGUCUUCAAACAAUUGGAGUAACACCUAUGGUAAUGCACGUGUCAAAUAUGAUUUCCAGUGGAAUGGCAUCAUCUGGAAUGUCAGGAGCAUUGAUGACUACGACGCAGGUUGCUCAGAACACAGCACUUGGUUCAUUUACUUCAGCCAAUUCACAAGUUUCAGGAAACUCAAACAUGGGUAUUUCACCAGCUUUGACUAAUCUCCAGAACAGCAUUGGUAUGGGCCAGUCUGUACAAGGUAUGGGUCAAGGAAACCUGACACAAAGUGCCCAAACAGGGCAAGGCGGAAUUAACAUGACAACUAGUAUAAUGAAUGGGCUUGGACCUGCCGGUUUAUCUUCUGUACCAGGGACAAUGAUUCCUACACCGGGAAUGUCUCAGCAGUCAAGCGUGAAUUCUCUUGGGAUGACUAAUAACACAGCUAUCAACUUGCCAUUAACACAACAAGCUCCCGGUGUUCAGCAAACUCAGUCGAAGUAUGUUAAAAUAUGGGAGGGUGCUUUAUCUGGACAAAGGCAAGGACAUCCUGUCUUCAUUUGUAAACUUGAAGGCUACAGGAAUGCAACUGCAUCAGAAAC